CCCGCGUCCGCCUGCCCUCCCUCUCUCUCCAGCAACACUUGCCUGCACGGCGCCGCUCAGCCACCAUGUCGCGCUCCUACGACCGUGCGCUCACCGUCUUCUCGCCCGAUGGCCAUCUCUUCCAGGUCGACUACGCCGCCGAGGCCGUGCGCAAGGGCACAUGUGCCAUCGGCGUGCGCGGCAAGGACGUCGUGGUGCUGGGCGUGGAGAAGAAGAGCGUGCUGCAGCUGCAGGAUGCACGCACCAUCCGCAAGACGGCCAUGCUCGACGACCACGUCUGUCUCGCCUUUGCCGGCCUGACCGCCGACGCACGCAUCCUCAUUGACAAGGCACGCAUCGAGUGUCAAAGUCACCGUCUCACCGUCGAGGACCCAGUGACGGUGGACUACAUCACACGGCACAUUGCAGGCAUCCAGCAGCGCUACACGCAGUCGGGCGGCGUGCGGCCAUUCGGCCUCAGCACCAUCAUCAUCGGCUUCGACGCCAACGACCCGGUGCCUCAUCUCUACAUGACCGAGCCGUCUGGCAUGUAUUCGGCAUGGAAGGCCGUGGCCAUCGGCCGCAGCUCAAAGACGGUGCGCGAGUUUCUCGAGAAGAACUGGAGCGAGGCGCUCGACAAGGACGCGACGGUGAAGCUGGCGGUCAAGAGCUUGCUGGAGGUCGUGCAGACGGGCGCGAAGAACAUCGAGAUUGCCAUCAUGGAGGGCCACGGGCGCGUCCGGAAUCUGGAGCUGGCCGAAGUCGAGGCCGUUGUGGCGCAGAUUGAGGCCGAGAAGGAGGUCGAGGCGGAGCGCCGGCGCACGCGUCUGGCCGCCACGGCGGGCGCGCAGGCCAGCCUGGGCGCCACGUCGGGCAGCACGUAGGCGUGAUACGGUGUGCACGUCAUUGAAUUGAGGGUUGAGACAUCUCUCGUGGCAGAGAAGGGGCAGGGGAGCCGUGCCGAGCGCUGUUGGCACGCUGCACCGUGCCAAGGACCUUGAUAGAGGCA